AAAUUAAUCUUCGAUUUCGAAACCAAACUGCUGGUACGCAGAUAAUCUCCAAAAAUUUGUAAAUCAAGAUCUAUUUUAAGGCUACUAGGUUGAAAUAAAACUAUCUAUCUAUCUGUUCAGUUAAUUUCCAGCGAAUAAUCGAAUUUUGUUAUACCGACUUCGAGAGAAUAGGAAGGAAGCUAUCUCAAUUCAAUGAGUACAUAUUUUUUUUUAUUCCAUUGUUUAUAAUACUUAUUUCUCUUACUAUUUACUCCUUCUAUGUUUGCAAAAUCUUUCAAAGGCAAAGAGAUAAUACAAAUUCUAUGUUUCGAAGUCUUCGUCAAUGUUCGUUAAUGUUCCACGAUUUCGUUUUUCAAGUAAUUAAUUUUAUCAAUAUAUAUUAUGCUGUUUAUUUAUCUCAGCCAUUUAGCAAGUAUUAAUAAAUUCGAUAAAUUCGGAUUUGCAAAAUCUUCUAAACACAAAAAGGCCAUUGAUAUUCCAUUAUCUAUACUUCUAUAUUAUCUGUGUUUUUCUUCAAACAACGUCCACGUUCUUGUAAGUUGGACUAGAUACUCCUUUUCGAUUAUGCAUACUGCAUAAGCGCGCCCGAAUAAAUAUACGUAGCACCGAUAACAAAGGUCGCGGUCGUCGAAGUUCAUCAUCGGCCAACAAUGUACUAGCAUACGCUAUGAUUCUUGCUUUUUAGAGCAGUUCGAUACUCGUCGUGUGUGCAGCACUUUCGAAACUUUGCCGAUCCUCGGGCAUCCGUAUCGACCCUCCUAUUCUACCAAUAUUAUCUCAACCCAAAAUGGAAUACGAGUGGUCAUUCUAAUUCAAAGAUGAAAGUGUCAAUAAGAGGAAGUGAGAUCUCGAUCGAGUGUCAGUGCAUAAACUAUAUUGUUCUUGGCUGACAGUUUGUUUUUUCUUUCGAAAUCGUGUUUCGACAUCGUUUAGGAGGAAACCUUGACAGUUGGUCGUGGCAAUGAAUGAAAGAUUUUCUUCGAACAGACGGUGCACAGAAAGCUCGGACGAAUCGAUGUUUACAUCAGAUGUUGAAUGUAUAAAAGUGUAGCAUGUCGUGAUACGUGAUAUUGGUUUUGUUCUGUGAAAGUUAUCUAGAAGUGAAGUUUAACGACAUGAGAUAGUAUAGUGCUGAAAAAUAAGAAAAUGGUGAGCACCAACCCACCCCUGGGGGUGGCCACGCUGAAUCGGGGAAGGAACACUUUCCGUGGCGUGCCCAAAGCGGAAAUCGAGCGCAGAACCAAUACUCUGCUCCAGGCUAUGACGAUUGAGGAGCUGUAUGCUGCUUUGGUGUUUAUGACCCAACACCAAGUCGGUUACGACGUUUCUAAAGAGUGUGAAUUGGAAACUCUAUUGAACUACCUUCAAAAUGCGUUCAAAGUUGACAACGAUAUGCACGAGAGGGUUUUGCACGAGACGAAAAACAUGGAGCCACCAGAAAUGCAUUUGAACGUCGAAGUGAUCGAAGCCAAAGAACUUGUGUCGAAAGAUUCUAAUGGUAAAAGCGACCCUUUCUGCGCUCUGUACCUCGAAUCUGCUCCCACGAGGAGAUAUAACACUGCCGUGAAAACAACCACACUGAGCCCAGUGUGGGAGGAACACUUCGAACUCCCUCUAGAGGACCCAGAAAACGACGUACUGUAUCUAGAAGUGUGGGACUUUGACGCUGCUGAAACAGUUCCUGAGAAAAUGAGUAAAGUAAAAGACGUGAAGGGUGUUCGAGGACUGGUAAAACUAGCGAAAGAAAUUGCUGUUACUGCCACUACUGGUUGCCAUGAUAACGAAUUUAUCGGUCGCUGUAGGAUACCUUUGAAGGACAUACCAACAACAGGCCACACAAUGUGGUAUUCCCUCGAGAAGAAGAACAAAUCAAAACGACGUGGUGUAGUAAAACUAAGGCUGGCCUUCAGCGCCGAGCACAAUGCACAGGUGGCCGCACAAGAGUACAGACACCUGAUCAGGGUGCUAUUGUUAUACGAAAUAGAGACCCAGAAAAUAGAGAAAUACUGUUGGUGCGGUCGAUGGUCAGCGCCAGCGGAAGUUCUUCUUCUUCAGCACAGUGCUCAACGUGGUUUACUAGCCAGAAACGUGACGCUAGCUCAAUGGAUAGAAUAUUCAAGGAUUCAUCAAGAACAUCCGUUAAACUUUACUGUCUUCAAUAAAUUAGCAAUCGACCUUCUGAGGCCCAUGGAGAAUGGUCUUUUCUCAGUAGACGAAACAAGAUUAUUUUGGGACGCCACGAAGAAGUUAUUAUACUCGUGUCUGAACAGUAUUCGCAAGAUCAGGAGGCUCACAAUUGGAGACAAGAACGCCAUGACACAGUUGUCCGCGAUUUUGGGAAUUCUGUCGUCGAUUUCGUCCCUUAAAGUGCCUGAAGACAUUAAUCUAUUCCCUGCAAAAAUGUAUCCCUGGUUUCCAGACCCUGACGAAACACUAAGUGUCCUUCAAGCUUUAGAGUACACUGUUGAACAGGGUGGUAUCGAAUGGUUCGACCAUAUAUUGAAUAAUAAUUUCCCGGAAAAUGAAUCAGACGAAGAUGCGCUGAAGUAUCACAUCAAAGUGAUUCAACUUGUUAGAGCAGAUUUACAAAAUGCUAUUGACAAUUACGAUAAGCUGUUUAUCAAACGAAUUAAUUUUCCUUAUGCAAGAUGUCUGUACAUGAUGUACGAGAAGAGGAUCAGUGAUAUAUGUAUGAUUGUUAUAGAGGAUGUCUGCGGCAGGUUGAAGAGAAUUGAAAUUGAAAACACUGAUGUGGAAUUAAAUCUGGGAACGACUUUGUUCGAACUGUAUCUUGCGUUGCAGAGAUACGUUAUCCUUGGCCAAGUGCUAUGCGCCGAAGGGCAGCUGGAAGAGAUGAAAGUACAGACUUACUACAACUGGUUUAGAGCUGGUGUGGCACAUUGGCUCGAUAUAGCGGUGUACAAGGCCCUGAAAAGAAUAGACAGAGCCGUGGAGUUUGACACGUUGCAAGCAGUCGAUAACUCCGUCCAAUACAGCUCAAGUGCCGUGGAUACAUUAACGAUAUUCUACCAAAUCAAAGUCUUUUGGACACAACUCGCAUGGCCGGAUACGGAAGGCUCCUACACUUUCAUUGCCAAAAUUAUAGACGAUAUCUGCAAAUGUUCUAUCGCAUACGCAGAUAAAAUGGCGAAGAAGGCGGAAUUGACCACGGAAUUGGAACAGUUGUCAGAAAGUAGCGUGUACGAAAGGAGGUUCUCCGUAUCAACGGCGUGGUGCUUCGCGAUCAAUAAUAUCGAUUACAUUAGAACAUCAAUUGCGCCAUUAGCCAACGAUCUAGGACUUCAGAACAUCGUGGAUGAGCUAGCGGAAAAGAAAACCCAAGAAGACGCAGACAGAUGUAAACAGACGCUUCAGCUGAUCAUCGAUAAUGCCACUGACACUGUUAAGAACAAGAUUAUAGAACUUUUACAAGUCGUCGCGGAUAAGAUGUCUCCUGCCAUGAACAGGUAUCUCAUGGAGGGGGCAGAGUUGAUAGACACGACCAGCAAUACCAUGGAUCGACUUCUACAAUAUCUUGAUAGUAACUUAUCGACGUUGCACGAUCAUCUUAAUGAAGACAAUUUUGAGAGGAUCUUGCAUGUUAUUUGGGACACGCUAUCGGAAAGCUUAUAUCAAUUAGUACAUAAUAACCUAGAGAGAAGAAGGCCACCAUCGUUUUAUUCGAACCUCCAUCGCACUCUGCAUACCCUCAUUCGAUAUUUUAACGUUGGAGCUGACGAGAUAGCAAACGUGAAAGUUCUGGAAAAGAUCGAACACCUUCUGGAGCUCCACGGUCUGGAGACAGCUGACCUGAUACAUCGUUACCACCAGGAACGAAUAAAGGAACAGAACGAGUUGGAAGAAUCUGAAUACGGGCAGAUCACCGUGAAGGCGCAGUUUGUGGAUAAUUCGUUGAACAUUCAGAUAUUGAACGCGAGGAAAUUACGACCAGUCGACAGUAACGGCGAUUUGGUAGGCAAGGUGUCUACUCUCAAGCACAAACUUCAUACAAAAUCUAAACAAAGACUGAAAGAAGGGAAGACAAGUAGUUGCGAUUCAUAUGUGAAGGUGAAGCUACUUCCGGAGGAAAAGUUCGCCGACGUAAAAUUGCCCAAGACGCAUGUGCAAAAGGAAAAUCUCUAUCCGCUGUACGAUGAAAUUUUCAAUAUACCUCUAACAAGCGAACAACGAGCCACAGAAAACGCAAUCGUAGUUUUCGAACUAAAGGACAAAGAUUUUCUUCGAUCGAGAUUCAUGGCAGAGGCUUUCCUACCAUUCAGCGAAAUUCCUGAAACGGGACCAGAUCGAGGAAUCGAGUCUCUCGACCAAAUUCACUUGAAUCUUUCACGUCCUACAAGGAAAAGUACGGACGUAAUUCAAGCGUUAGAACACAGAAAGGGAGACAAUCAGGCGACAGAGUUCUUAUCGAAGCUCAGUUCUAAGGCUGAACGAAAAUAAUCGUUAUCACUCGUAGGAAAAGCGAUUGAAAUUAUUUUCUAUGUCAUACGACAACGAAGCAACGUUCCGAAUAUCGAACUGGUGCUACUAAAUGAAUAAAAAUGAAGAAAUUGUUAAUUUUACGAGAUACGUAAUUUAACUUAAUACGUGAAUCGUUAAAUUGUUUUAUUACUAAAGUUUAAGACAAUUUUACAUCGUCACUAUUUUUGUAAUUAAUUUAUCUCAAACCAUUUCACAAGAAAACUUGAUACGUAAUAAGCAUUUCUUAAAAUCUUCAACAUCAGACAUAUAAAGUUACUUAAAGGAUUUUUGUUAUUUUAAUUAUUACGUUAACAGCUACAAAUUUUGUAAUUUAUUAAAAUCAAUAUUUUUAAUUGUUCAUGAGUCGAUGCGUUGAUCAUUUUAUCAUAUGAAAUUAAAUAAAUUAGCUAGUCCACGAGGAACAGAAUGCAAAGAAAUAAUGAACUAUUUUUAUAAAGUUUUCAUAAGUAUAGGUACGCUGUUUUUAACAGCUAAUACCCAUUUCUAGGCUGUGUAUCGCUUCGAAUAUCAAACAUCAAAUGUAUUUUCCUUCGCGAGGCACAAAACGUCGCAUUUCAAGACUAGGAAAACUGUAAGGCUGAGUAAGUACUACUUACGAGCAACAUUGCUAUUUAUCAUUAAGUCCAAAAUACACGUAAUUGCAAUAAAUACGAAUCAAAAGAAUUUCUAACAAGAAAACUAUCGAAUAAGAAAAAAUCAAAAUGAUGUUUGUAACAUACGUGUAGAUAGAAUUGCUACUAUAAAUCGAAUGCAUAUAUGUUUUAUACGAUGUUGUUUACGAUGUAUGUAUAACGAAAGUAUAUGUUUAUCUAGUAUUAUUAUCUUUGUCGAACCGAUCAAUUCAGAAGGAAAUCGCGGUCGAGAAAUUUGUUAUCGAGAGAUUCUGAGUACUCUUUGUUUAUCAAACUAUGCUUCAUGAUAUUCCGUAGAAUAUCACGAAGUUUAUAAAAUAUAUAAAAUGAAACUUUUUCAACAUUUUUUAUUAUGCGUUAUUCAAAUUUGAAGAAAUUAAUCAUGUUAUUAGUUCAGGAAGUUAUUUUAUUCAUAGAAUAGACAAAGAGUAAUCAUAAUAUUAUUGUUUUAAAUAUUAUCUAUAUUUGUACGCGAAGCAACUCAAAAUUACGAAAUGUAAUGAACGUUGAAUAAAUUAUUAAAACAUA